CAUGGCUUCUUUUCUGCAUCUUUUAACAAGCUGAAGACUGUGUUGAUAUUUAAUAUUCUUGAUGACUUUCUACUGGACAAUCUUGAAUGUGGCACCUCAGCAAUAAACUAUUACAACAAGCUUUGGCAAAUAACCUUGAGCAUAUUUCCACACCUCAUU